AAGCGGCCAGAUCCGCUUUCCUGGAGGAGCAGCGGCCUCACUUCCCUUGGAAAAGCCGCCGGACCCGCUUCCCGCUCUUCUGGCUGAGCAGCCGGCCCCGCUCCCCUCGCCCUCGGCACCCGCUGCCGCUGAGGGCGACCGUGCGCCGUCUCGGCCGGCCCCGCUGACGCCAGUGGCGCUCCCGCCUCCUCUCCAUUCUCUCGCUCCCGGGGUUCGUCCCCGCCUCCCUUCGCCGCCAAGAUGCCGCGGAUUAUGAUUAAAGGUGGCGUGUGGCGGAACACCGAGGAUGAAAUUCUGAAAGCGGCUGUUAUGAAAUAUGGCAAAAACCAGUGGUCUCGAAUUGCCUCAUUAUUGCACAGGAAAUCAGCAAAGCAGUGCAAAGCUAGAUGGUACGAAUGGCUGGACCCGAGCAUCAAAAAAACAGAGUGGUCUCGGGAGGAGGAGGAGAAGCUGUUGCACCUGGCUAAGCUGAUGCCAACCCAGUGGAGAACCAUUGCCCCCAUCAUUGGGAGAACUGCUGCACAGUGCUUGGAACACUAUGAAUUUCUGCUGGACAAAGCUGCUCAGAGAGACAAUGAGGAAGAAACUGCUGAUGAUCCUCGGAAACUGAAACCUGGAGAAAUCGAUCCAAAUCCAGAAACCAAACCUGCCAGGCCAGAUCCCAUUGACAUGGAUGAAGAUGAGCUUGAAAUGCUGUCUGAGGCUCGAGCACGUCUGGCAAAUACACAGGGAAAGAAGGCCAAGAGGAAAGCCAGGGAGAAGCAGCUGGAAGAAGCUCGACGUCUUGCUGCUCUCCAGAAAAGACGAGAACUUCGCGCUGCUGGAAUUGAGAUCCAGAAGAAAAGAAAAAAGAAGAGAGGUGUGGAUUACAAUGCAGAAAUUCCAUUUGAAAAGAAGCCUGCCCCUGGUUUUUAUGAUACUUCAGAAGAAAAUUAUCAGUCCCUGGAUGCAGAUUUCAGGAGAUUGCGUCAGCAAGACCUGGAUGGAGAAUUAAGAUCUGAGAGGGAGGGAAGAGAGCGCAAAAAGGACAAGCAGCACAUGAAACGGAAAAAAGAGUCAGACUUACCCUCAGCUAUUCUGCAGACCAGUGGAGUGUCAGAAUUUACCAAGAAAAGGAGUAAACUGGUGCUUCCAGCUCCUCAGAUAUCUGAUACAGAACUUGAAGAAGUUGUAAAAGUUGGCCAAGCAAGUGAGAUUGCACGGCAGACUGCUGAGGAAUCUGGAAUCACAAACUCAGCUUCCAGCACUCUUCUCUCUGAAUAUAAUGUAACCAACAACAGCAUAGCUCUGAGGACUCCCAAAACUCCAGCAGCCCAGGACAGGAUCCUGCAGGAGGCCCAGAAUCUGAUGGCUCUCACAAAUGUGGAUACUCCCCUGAAAGGAGGUCUUAAUACUCCCUUGCAUGAAAGUGACUUUUCAGGGGUAACACCACAGAAACAGGUUGUUCAGACUCCAAAUACUGUGCUUUCCACACCUUUCAGAACACCCUCUCAGGGGUCAGAGAGCUUAACUCCUCGAGGAGGACUGACUCCCAAACCUGCACUUGGCACAACUCCAGGGAGAACACCCCUGCGGGAUAAACUGAACAUCAACCCAGAAGAGGGAAUGGCAGAUUACAGUGACCCAUCCUAUGCAAAACAAAUGGAGAGGGAGUCUCGGGAGCACCUGCGCCUGGGGCUCAUGGCCCUCCCUGCUCCAAAAAAUGACUUUGAGAUUGUUCUGCCUGAAAAUGCAGAAAAGGAACUUGAAGAACAUGAAGUAGAUGAAACCUUUGUAGAAGAUGCUGCUGAUAUAGAAGCCCGCAAGCAGGCUCUCCGAGAAGCAGAGCGUGCCAAGGAGCUGAAGAGAAUGCACAAAGCUGUGCAGAAGAAUCUACCACGGCCCUCAGAAGUUAAUGAAACAAUUCUGAGACCCUUAAAUGUGGAACCACCCCUAACAGACUUGCAGAAAAGUGAAGAACUCAUAAAGAAAGAGAUGAUUACCAUGCUUCACUUUGAUCUUUUACAUCAUCCAUUUGGAGAACAGUUUACUGGUAAGAAAGGUAAAGGCCCAGGAUUUGGAAGCAACAAUGCUGAGCACAUGGCUUACUUGGAACAAAAUCCUUAUGAGAAGUUCUCCAAAGAGGAUCUCAAGAAGGCACAGGAUCUACUGGCACAAGAGAUGGAGGUGGUAAAGCAAGGAAUGGGGCAUGGAGAACUGUCAAGUGAAGCUUAUAACCAGGUGUGGGAAGAAUGUUACAGCCAAGUGUUGUACCUCCCUGGACAGAGCCGCUACACAAGGGCUAACUUGGCCAGCAAAAAGGACAGGAUAGAGUCACUUGAAAAGAGACUUGAGAUCAACAGAGGCCACAUGACCACUGAAGCCAAGAGGGCUGCCAAGAUGGAGAAGAAGCUGAAGAUCCUUCUUGGUGGUUACCAGUCUCGAGCAAUGGGGCUCAUCAAGCAGCUGAACGAUCUGUGGGAUCAGAUCGAGCAGGCCCACCUGGAGCUGCGCACCUUUGAGGAGCUGAAGAAACACGAGGAUGCUGCCAUCCCUCGGAGACUGGAGUGUCUGAAGGAAGAUGUGCAGCGACAGCAGGAGAGAGAAAAGGAGCUCCAGCAGAGAUUUGCUGACUUCAUGUUGGAUAAAGAGACUUUUCAAGCAAAGUAUUAAAGCACAAAAUUCCAUCUGUCACUGAUGUAACAUUUCUAAAGUGUGCAGAUACUUCUCCAGCAGCAUUUGCCAGCAGUUGCAGAAAUCAAAUGUAGUCUGCUGUUUCCAUCUUCUCAAGUUUUGUUCCUUCAAUGGACUAUUCCAAAUACUCUAGGUAUGAAUAGCUCUGGCCAGUGUUAAAAAUGGGAUUGAAAUGUCCAGAAUUCUAUUGAAAGAAAAGAAAAAUCACUCUGGUAUGAUUUCAGCCAUGUCUUUAUUUGCUAGGGUUAUCACGUUACUCCUAGUGUUUUACCAGUCUUAAGACCUGUAAGAUACAUGCAGAAUAAUGUCUUUUGAAUAAAUCUGGAAUGUUAAAAAGCAACGAAGUAAUAAUGUCUGUCUUUUAACUAAAAUUGAAUCUUCACCUGUCCCACCCUUCCUUUGUUUUUCUGGUCUUCCUUUCCCCCUGCUGCUGCCUUUAUUUUCCAUGACUGAUUUGUAAUAGGAAUUACCCGUGCAGGAUAGUUGAUAUCCAGAUAAUAAAUACCAUGUUCCCAGCUCUUCUCUGUGCCUGUGAAUAAACACUCCCAGCUUUCUCUAGGUGCUCUAAUGGUCAUACUGGCACAGUCUCCCCAUCCUGCACCCAUGCAGGGAAAGGUUUUAUAAAGACAUCCAGCAUGGCCUAAUGCCACCAUAGAUUUCAGCAGGAAAUGUACUGUUAAAUUUUCUAAGUAUUAAUUUUUAUAAAUAAUCUGCUGUUUUGUUGCCCAUGGUAUGGGGUAAGAAAGAAGCUCUGUGUUUUCUCCUCCUUUCACCACAUCCUAACAGGAUUUAAGUGUCUCAUUGCUUUGUCUUGAAGGGUAAGGAUAAAAUUAGGGAAAGGUGGGAAUGUGCUUACACUUUGGGUUUUUGAGCUAUAGCUCGUGAAAAGGCACAGGGUAAAAGGCAAAACUGUUGUUAACAGCACAAAAUUCAGCAGUUAAAUACAUCCAGUAACAUGCAUCAUGCAUUUUGCUUGGAUAUAUUUGAAAUUUAGAUGGGGAUUUUGCUGCCUGGAAUUUUACCAGAUUGCAGUGUCACUUUGUUCAGGCCUUGGAAAUGUUACUGGGGAACACUGUCAGGGUUGUGCCUGUGUAGCUCUGUCAAUGCCAUCCAUGGAGAUUAAUGAUUAUCAGACCUUUUAAAAUGUAGUCUGGGUGAGUCCUGCUGUCACUGGCAGGAGUAGGGACACAGCCAGCCUUGGAAUAUCUUUCCCUUUACUCACCAAGACAUCAUUCUUCUGAAGUAUUAAUGCAAUUGUAGACUACAUUCUUCUAGAAAUGUGCUAAAUAUUUAACUAAGCCAGAACACAUCUGGAAUGAAGUAUUAAGCAUCAAUCUUGUAGCAUAUGGGGUAUUUUAGCUUGGAUGGUUAUACCCAAAAGGAAAAAUCAUGGCAUAUCAUGUCAGUUCUUGUGGUUGUGUGGUAGCUGGAGAUAUUAACAGAGAAACCCUUGUAGGCUUACCAAUACCACAACUACAAUUGUUUCUUUUCUUUUUAGGGCUGCAGCAGAGCCUCUUUGAUGUGCCCUGUAUUUUUGACAGCUUUGGAGCUAGACAGGUAUUCAAACUCUGCCUUAAAUUGUUUAAAUGAAAAAUUCAGAAGGACUGAUCAGUCACAAAACACUUUUCUUUCUUGAAAUGUAUGCAGUUAACCAGUCAUUAACUGCAGCAGGCAUGAGGUGGUUCUGUUUGAGAAGUACCUGCAGGAGGUUUGCACAGUUUCUACAGCACAGUUUGUUCACACAACACUUAAGGAAGUUCACAGUUUUCCCUGUCAUUAGUCAGAGUUUUUGUCCUGCAGUUUCUGUCUCAGUAAUGAAAGAAAACUAAUAAAGUCUCUUUCCUUACUUAGA